AUGACUGGUAAGGCAAAGCCGAAGAAGCACACGGCAAAAGAAAUUGCAUCGAAAGUCGACGCUGCGACGACCAACAGAGGCGGAGGCAAGGCGGGCCAGAUGGACAGGACGGGCCUGGAGAAGGGCGGCCACGCAAAGUUCGAGUGUCCGCACUGCAAGAUCACGGCACCGGACAUCAAGUCCAUGCAGAUUCACCAUGACGCUAAGCACCCUAAGAUCCCCUUCGAGGAGUCCAAGGUCAAUAAUCUUCAUGCCACUGUCUAUGCUGCUGAAACUUCGAAGCCUCGUCCUGGCGUUCGUGAUCAAUGCUUUCGAUCCAUUGAGGCGAGGAGUAAAGUUUCAAAGACCAGAAGAUGGGGCACAUUAAGAAACAAUGUCCUCAUUGUGUUAAAGAUGAUGAUGGCAGUGGGAAGAGGGAAGCUCAAUAUGUUGAAGGACUUGUCAAAUGAUUUUCCUAAAGAAAUGACUAUUUCUAAAGAUGAUGCUGUACAGGAGGUGGUUAUUGUUGAAAGGAGGGAAGUGGAGGUGACUAUUGCAGUGCGGAGGGAACUUCAUAGUUUCAAAAUUUCGAAGUUAAAUGGCUCAGAUUUGUUUUCUCAUGAGGCGGUGGUGGGAAGUCUUUCAUACUAA